AUGGCAGCUGAUCUAGACGUGGUGAACCUGUUUAUCAUUGCUGGGGGAACACUGGCUAUUCCCAUUCUGGCCUUUGUUGCCUCCUUCCUUCUCUGGCCCUCAGCUCUCAUUAAAGUUUAUUACUGGUACUGGAGGAGGACGCUGGGCCUGCAGGUACGCUACGCAGACUGUGGUGGUUAUCGCUUCUGUUACUCAUACAGAGGAAAGCCUGGGAUGAGACCUUCCAUUUUAAUGCUGCAUGGCUUCUCUACUCACAAAGACACAUGGCUCACUGUUGUCAAGUAUCUACCAAAACAUCUGCACCUUGUGAGUGUGGACAUGCCUGGCCACGAGGGAACAACACGCACCAACACAGAGGAUUAUUCAAUUCAGGGGCAGGUCAGAAGGAUCCAUCAGUUUGUGGAAACCAUUCGCUUGAACAGGAAACCUUUCCAUCUGGUGGGAACCUCCAUGGGAGGAAAUGUAGCCGGGGUUUACGCGGCCUGCUAUCCCUCAGAAAUCUGUAGCAUGACUCUCAUUUGCCCAGACGGUAUAAGACAUCCAUGUGAGACCAAAUUUGACAACCAUCUGCAGGACCUGGAGCACAGCAAUUACACAUUAAACAUCCCGCUGAUCCCCACUACACCCGAAGAGAUGGAGGACAUGUUCAGACUUUGUUCCCACGUUCGCUUCAAAAUCCCUCAGCAGAUUCUUCAAGGAUUGGUAGAUGUUCGGGAGCCUCACAACACAUUUUACCAAGAAGUGUUUAUGGAGAUUGUUGGUGAGAAAUCAAGAUAUGCCUUACAGGAUCACUUACACUUGAUCACUGCACCUUUACAAGUGAUAUGGGGCAAACAAGACCAGGUGGUGGAUGUCUCUGGAGCUACAGUCAUUGCAGAGGUGUUGCCUGGAUGCCGAGUGGACCUGCUGGAGAACUGUGGCCACUCUGUGGUGAUGGAGAGGCCCUGUCGGACGGCCAAACUCAUCCUGGAGUUCAUUGUUUUGCAGCAAGAUGCCAGGGGUGGCACUAAGAAAUCUUCCUGA